AUGACUGCAGCUAAAGUCACUAUGAUUGUAAUAUUAUUUUUAACAAUAAAUCCUAGAACUGGACAAUCAGAUGGUUGCUCCUGUCGUCGCCCGAAUCAUACUGGUCACUGUCUGAUCCGUGGCUGUAGUAAUGGUACUAAUGCUCAAUGUAAUACUGGUACAUUUUAUGAUACCAGGUAUGCUGCUCUUAGUCUUGGUUUUACUUAUCGUGGUUGUAAUUGUCCUGGUAAUCCGUUUAAUGUUACAUUUAAUGCUGUCUAUAAUACUGUUACUCCGCUUCAUGUUUAUAUGUUUAACUAUAAUAAUUGUACUGAGUUCGGCAGAAAUGCUCGCGAUGACAGUGGUGCAAUUCCUUAUAACGCUAAUAAUGCUAUUUAUUGUUGCAACUAUUGCUGUGAUCGUCAUGAUCCUUACAUUUGA